CCAAGAUGGCGAUGGCGGCGGCGGCCCCUCCCCCUAGAUCCCAAGGGCUGGGGCGGGGCCCCUGGAGCCCGUCCUCCCGCAGCUGCGGCCAGGGACGGUUAUGUGUGAGCGCGGCUGGGCGGGUGUGGGACGCGCCUGGCAGUUAGCAGGAGCGAGCGCAGCUGGGGCCCGAGCGGAGAGAGCUGCGCGCGCCGGGCCGGCUCCCCCUGGGAUACCUGUAAAAGAUGGUGGAUCGCUUGGCAAACAGUGAAGCAAAUACUAGACGAAUAAGUAUAGUGGAAAACUGUUUUGGAGCAGCAGGUCAACCUUUGACUAUUCCUGGUCGUGUUCUGAUUGGAGAAGGAGUGUUAACAAAGCUGUGUAGGAAGAAACCUAAAGCAAGACAGUUUUUCUUAUUCAAUGAUAUUCUUGUCUAUGGCAACAUUGUUAUCCAGAAGAAAAAAUACAAUAAACAGCACAUAAUUCCACUGGAAAAUGUCACUAUUGAUUCCAUCCAAGAUGAGGGGGACUUACGGAAUGGGUGGCUUAUCAAGACACCUACAAAAUCUUUUGCAGUUUAUGCUGCCACUGCCACAGAGAAGUCUGAAUGGAUGAGCCACAUAAAUAAAUGUGUUUCUGAUUUGCUUUCCAAAAGUGGGAAGACUCCCAGUAAUGAACAUGCAGCUGUCUGGGUACCUGACUCAGAGGCUACUGUUUGUAUGCGUUGUCAGAAAGCAAAAUUUACACCUGUCAAUCGUCGUCACCACUGUCGCAAAUGUGGCUUUGUUGUAUGCGGACCCUGUUCUGAAAAGAGGUUUCUUCUUCCCAGUCAGUCCUCCAAGCCUGUGCGGAUUUGUGACUUCUGUUAUGAUCUUCUUUCUACUGGGGAGAUGACUACUUGUCAGCCCACUAGAUCAGACUCUUACAGCCAGUCACCUAAGUCCCCUUUAAAUGAUGUAUCCGAUGAUGACGACGAUGAUGAUAGCAGUGAUUAAGGACCAAAUAUUGUUUUCAGGCGUUGCAAUUGGUGUUUUGAACUAUAAAGAGCUGCUUUUGGGGAAACCUGUAGCCAGACUCCUCUGAAAUUCUAUUCUAGCCAUAACAUUUGCCUGAGUAUCUUCAACUACAAUGUGCCUCAAUAUGAAUGUUCUAGACAAUAGGCUUUUCACUCUUCUGCAGGGAUAGACUGUUGCAAAUAUAUCAGAUAACUUUCCAACUUCUUAUACUUGAGUUAUGUCUAGAGUAGACUUUUUGUUGAAGAUUGGAAAAUUCAGCGUAGCUUUCUUUAUUUAACAACCAUGCUACAUUAUUUGAUAGUGAUACUUUAUCAUUUCUGUUUUUUUAUAUGGUAAAAUAAUAAACAUGCAUGAAACUAUGAUAAAUAUAUUUUGGUUAAUUCCAUCAAAUGUUUAGCUUUUUCUAACCAUGUUAUGUAAUGAUAAAUUGAAUUGACAUUUCGUAACAUAUAUUCAUACUUUAAAUGUCACUAAUUUGGGGGGGAAAUUGUUUUGCAUUUAUUUAUGACAAGCAGUGCCUUGUAAUGACUGUGGUGUUUCAGGAAGAAACAAACCUGUUGCAUACUAUCUGGAUUUGCAUGGCACAGAUAUCUGAGAAAGUGAUGGUGCUAUUGAAAAUAAUUGCUGUGGUAAAAUAAGGUUUUGGAAAGCACAUUAUUGUAUUCACACCAAUGCAGUGAGUGACUAUGGCCCCAAUCAUGUAACCUAAUCUGUGAGGGCAGCCCCAGUACAUGUGCAGAUUCCCACAAACUUGAGUGGGCUUCCACAAAAGUUGUAGAGGCUCACUCGCAUGCAUCAAAUUACUGGGUCAAUAUCUCUGGUGGAUAAAUUUAGUCUGAUGUUCUCCACAUGGUUAUACAAUCUUAUUUCUCUUCAAAAUAGUUUUAAGAUUUCUUGCAUUUUUAUAUUUUAUAGGUAUCAGAAAUAGUAAUUGACAAUUGCAUUGUUAAAUUUUGACUGGUGGUUUAAGUAACAUUUUGUUGCUGAAAUUUAUUAAAUUGUUCUGAAUUGCUUCCCAACACAACACUAAUUUGUUUGUUUUCACAUUAGCGGGAGGUAUUUUUAGGUGAAGAUUGGAAUUUAUUUUUAAAUAAGCUAGUGUGAAAAAUUUCUGACCAACAAUCUGUGAACACCUUUGUAAAAAUGGCUCUUCUUUAUACACAACUGACCUCAAGUUAAAAGGGGAAUGCAAAUUAUUUCCUUUUAAGCAUAUAUAUACACAUGACCAAGAAAGCUGUAACUAAGUUACAAAAUGGUCAGUGCAGAAAAUGUCUCUAACAGAGUUCACUUUACUUUUAUCAAGUUCUUUUCUACAAAAGUGUGAUAUUCCUAUAUAAAUGUAAAAGUUAGCUUUGUGAAGAUUUGUAAAAUCCUAAACGUUGACAUUUCUAUAUUUUUAUAAUAGUCAAUUUUUAUGUGAAAAAAACCUCUGAAAUAAUUGUAUGGGAAUAUAGUAGCAACUGAUUUUAUAAAAAAAAAAUUGUUAAAUUUAUAUAUAGAUCUUUGUUUAUUAAGUGACAAUUUCUGCACUGUUUGCCUUGGCUGGCAAUAAUUGGGUUAAAAGUAUUUAUUGAAUAAACAGUCAAUGCUGCAUAUUGCACUAGUCUCCCAAUCUGUACAUUGUAACUGUAUGUUUUUAGCAAAAUUACAAUGUAAAGCAAUAAUUAUCAAUUCAGUAUCCAACUAGCUAAAGAGUGCAAUUAACAUAAGAAUUGCUAUAAUUUUAAAUUGAACAAAGAGAUGCUAUUUUCUUUAAAAAGCACGGAAGUAAAAGGUUUGAUCUGCUUUAAAAUAAAUAUUGAAAGGGGGAAAACACUUUCUGUAAUUAGGGCUUACAGAACAGGGGUACUCGUUAAUAUUACCUGAUAAGCAAUAAAUGGGGGAGUGUGCUCUAAAGGAUAGCUGUAAUAAAUCAGUGUGCUCCUACUUUGAUUCAUAGGAAACAGUGACUUGCAGAACUAAGGGAAAAUGUUCUGUUCUUAGAGUAUUUUCAGGCAACAAAUCUUACCUUUGUGCUUAUGCAACAAUGUUUCUGUUUCAGAAAUGGAAACUAAAUUUUAUUAGCUUAGUUUUUCUAUAGAAACAUAAUUCAGCGACUUUCUGUGUAAAUAUCUGUGCUAAUGAUUAACAAUAUAAUUGAUAUACUUUAGUUUUCUUUUCUUAAGCUGUGAUACAAGAUUAAUAUUCAUUUGUCUUGUUUCAGAAUUCCAUUCUUUGUAUAUCUUUCCAGUAUGUUUGUAAGUUGCACAUACGUCUUCAGCACUUUUAUUUUAUUUUUUUCUGGGAGGAAACAUUUAAAUUUCUUAAGUUAUUUCUGCAGAAUGUUCUUGCACCUACCCGAAUCCAUCAUUACCUGUUAACAAAAUUUGUACUAUGCUGCACUGAUUCCUGAAGCUGUAACCAAACUGACAUCAAAAGGGGAAAAAUCAUUGUUUCAUCUGAAACUAAUGUAUGACAGUCAAAGCUUUUAGGGAACAUAAAAAUGUUUUGGUAAUAUUCCAUUGUGGUGUUUCAAAUUUUAAAUUGUCUUGUACUUUCAGAUUCUUCAAAGGGCUCAAUACAUGACUUGUAAACUUGUUUUCGGUCAAAUCUACUUAUUUUACUUACAAAUAUAUGGUGUAGCUUCAAACCUGUAUGUGUUAGUAGUUCUUUAACUACAGGCCUUCAAGAGUGACAAAGGGUACAGCAGUAGCAUGGUAAACAUGGGUAGUGGAGCUCUCUAUGCUGAUCAAACAAGAAAUGAAAAUUCAAA